CGUCCGCGGGUAAUCGACCGAUGGGGCACUCUGGACUAGAGUGGUUGGGGUCGUGCUCGUGCUAGGCGAGGGCAAUUAAUUAGCUGGGGCUCAAAACGUGCGCCUGGUCUCUCUCCUUCCCUUCUUCUCGGCUCUUGCUUGACCCAGCCAGAGCUGUACUAGCGACCUCACCUUCUUGCGGCGGAGGAGGAAGGAGGAGGAGCUCAGGCGCCGCCGCCAUGGACGCGGAGAGAGGAGAUGCCCAGUCUCCCCUGCUGCAGCACCACCCUCCUAACCAGACGCAGGUUUCCUCAGCGAAUCAGCACUACAACAAGCCCUUCAGCUGGAAGGCUCCUGCCAUUGUUUUGGCCUUCGAAUUCUUGGAGAGCAUUGCUUACUCUGGCAUAGCGCUCAACUUGGUCGUCUAUCUUGGGACUGUCCUCCAUGGAACCACUGCCUCCAGUGCAGCAAAUGUCGAUGCGUGGAACGGCGCCACGUUUCUUACACCGGUCCUUGGAGCCUUUCUUGCUGAUACAUACUGGGGAAAGUACAAGACCGUAGCAAUCUCUAUAAUAUUCUACGUUGGUGGGCUGCUUGUAAUUACCGCCUCUGCUGUCAUUCCAUCCCUGCGGCCUGCCUCAUGUGAAGGAGGUUCUUGCCCACCUGCAACGGGGUUUCAGUAUUUUGUGCUCUUUGCUUCGUUGUACCUCAUUUCGAUCGGUACGGGGGGCGUCAAGUCAGCUCUACUUCCCUUCGGAGCAGACCAAUACGAUGAUUCCAACCUUGAAGAGAGUAAAAACAAGCAAUUGUUCUUCAGUUGGUUUUUCAUUGCUGUCAACCUCGGAGUGUUCAUCUCGGGCACUGCCCUUGUCUGGAUACAGCAAAAUGUAGCUUGGUCUCUUGGAUUUGGCAUCUCCUUGAUCUGCCUUCUUAUCGCCACAGUCGCCUUUUUCGUUGGAACACCAGCCUACAGGGUUCAGCUUCCAACUGGGAGCCCGCUGAAGAGCAUUGUGAUGGUAUUUGUUGCCUCCUUUAAGAAGAGAAGAGUGGCAGUUCCUGCUGAUAGCACGCUGUUGUUUGAAGGGGAUGAUGCUGAAUCAAGCAACACAAUACCAAAAAAAUUAGAACACACCGACGAAUUCAGGUGCUUGGAUAAGGCUGCUGUGGUUUUAGAGAAACAAGAGAUUAAGGGUAGCCAUCGCCCAUGGCUGCUAUGCACAGUAACUCAGGUGGAGGAAGUGAAGAUCCUGAUCCGGAUGGUCCCGAUAUGGUUCACCUGCGUCUUCUACUCAGCCGCGAUGUGCCAGACCGCCACGACGUUCGUCCAGCAGGGGAACGCGAUGAACACCAAGAUCGGGUCCUUCUCCGUGCCGGCCGCCUCCCUGAACUCCGCCGAGGUCAUCUUCAUGAUGGUGUGGGUGGCGUUCCAGGACAGCGUGGUCAUCCCGAUCGCGAGGCGGUACACGGGCAACCCUGCGGGCCUGACGCUGCUGCAGCGGAUGGGCGUGGGGCGGCUCCUCGCGGUCCCGGCGCUGGCGGCGGCGGCGCUGGUGGAGACGUGGCGGCUGCGCCGCGUGCGGUCCGUCGGCGGCGGGAACCUGAGCAUCGGGUGGCAGCUGCCCCAGUUCGUGAUCCUGGCCUGCUCCGACGUGUUCUGCGGCAUCGCGCAGCUGGAGUUCUUCUACUCGGAGGCGCCGGCGUCGAUGCGCAGCCUGUGCUCGGCGUUCCAGUUCCUGGCCAUGUCGCUGGCGUACUACGUGAACACGCUGGUGGUCUCGGUGGUGGCGGCCGCGACGACGGCGGGCGGCGGGCCCGGGUGGCUCCCCGCCGACCUGAACGACGGCCACCUCGACUACUACUUCUGGCUGUGGACGGGGAUCAGCGCGGCGAACUACGUCGUGUACACUGCGUUCGCCAAGCGGUACACGCUCAAGAAGGUGGUCCGGCAGUAGGCCGCGGCCUCUGUACGAGUAUCUACGGUGUACGGAGUACGCUACUCUGCUCUACUCCGGGACCAAGACUGUUGCCGAUUGUAAACAGUAAACACCGUCAAAUUUCAUUGUAGCCUGUUAAUUUGAGCAUCGUGUCCUUUGUGUACUACUAGUAUGAUUCAUUGAGAUGAUGUGUUGUGUUGUGUUGGUACCUGGUGCUUGAUGUUCCCUUGUCCCCUCGGUGGUCCACUCUACUCUCUACAUGCAGGGAGGGGAGCUUGAUGUAGCUUUGUACUAAACUCAUUUUCGUCAGUUUAAUUUAAUGAAUAGAAAAGGAAUGAUCCCAGCGAUCGGUA